AUGAUAGUAUAAUAAAUAAUAGCAAUUUACGUAAAAAAUCCCCCAAAACGUUACAAAAAUGCAUGGGCCUCCUGGUGGAAUUCAAAGAAAUAAAACAACAUGAAAAUGAUAUAAAGUGUAAGAGAAAAUGACUUUAAUACAAUAGAUUAAUUACUUUAACAUGAAAGGGCGGAUUUAAGAGCUGAUGUAGAUUUUAAAGAUAAUGAUUAAUAGGCAGCUAUACAUUAUGCAGCUGAAAAUGGAAAUAAUAAUAUUGUAAACUUACUUAUAUCAAAUAAUGCAGAUGUAAAUACAUUAAAUAAUUUAGAUUAAACACCUCUUAUAUUAGCCACCUGUUAAAAUAAUGUUAAUACUAUUGAAAUUUUGAUUAAAGCAGGAGCCGAUGUAAAUAAAACCGAUUAUCUUUAAUAAAGUGCUUUACAUUAUGCUUGUAGAGCGAAUUUUAUAGAAUGUGUUAGAGUAAUAUUGGGGGUAAAAUGUGUUGAUAUAUAUGGGAAAAAUAAAGAGGGAAAAACAGCUAUAGAGUAUGUCGUAUAUUAAGAAAUUUUUGAUUUAUUUGGUUAAAAAGUUAAUUCUUUAUAAAAUAAUAGUAAAGUUGAUUCUAAUAAAAUUACUAGUAAUAUCUCUAGUUAAGCAUCUUCUUUCAAUUCAUAAAAUCAAAUGUAAGAAGGUACUGUUUCUUAAAUAAUAAUUCAUGAAUAUCCUAAUGAAAGUGUAAUGAAUAUGUUUAAAAAAGAUGGAAUAAAUUAAUAUUAAAUAUAUUAAUAGCAAUAGUAAAUAUAAUAAUAUUAAUAAUAAUAAUAAUAAUAAUAAUAAUAAUAAUAAUAAUAAUAAUAAUAAUAAUAAAUUGGCCCUGAAAACUUCAGAAUUAUAGAUUAGAUUGGACGAGGUUCUUUUGGUGAAGUUUAUUUGGUUGAAUAAAAAGGAGGAAAUUCAGAUUAAUAUUUAGCUAUGAAAAUAUUACAUAAAUCUAAAAUUUUUGGAAAUAAUUUAAUUAAAUAUGCUCUUACUGAAAGAAAUGUCUUAAGUAUAAUUAAUCAUCCCUUUAUUAUUAAACUAAUGUUUGCAUUCUAAACCAGUAAAAAUUUAUUUCUUAUAAUGGAGUAUGCUCCAGGAGGUGAUUUAAAUAGUUUAUUAUAAAGAGAAAAACGUCUGACUGAACAAAGAGCUCGUAUUUAUUUAUGUGAAAUAUUACUUGCUAUAAAGCAUUUACAUUUAAAUGAUAUUGUUUAUAGAGAUCUUAAACCCGAAAAUAUUGUUUUAGAUACAGAAGGGCAUGCUAUGUUAACUGAUUUCGGGCUUUCUAAGGACGGAAUAUAUGAUAAUUAUUUUACUAAAACUUUUUGUGGAUCUUUAGCUUAUUUGGCUCCGGAAAUGCUUAAAAGAACUGGUCAUGGAAAAGCUGUAGAUUAUUAUCAUUUAGGUGUACUUUUAUAUGAAAUGCUUACUGGUGUUCCUCCUUUCUAUAGUGAAUCAAGAGAAGAAAUAUGCUAUAAUAUAGAAUUUUAAGAAAUCGAAUUUCCUAGUUAUGUCUCCGAAAGUGCUAGAAAUUUGAUAUCAAAAUUACUUAUUAAAAAUCCUAUGAAAAGAUUAGGAAAUGGAAAAAACGAUUUUGAAGAAAUAAAAAAACAUUCUUUUUUUACAGGUAUAAAUUGGAAUUAAGUUCUUUAAAGAAAAUUAAAACCUCCGCUACCUUAUUUAAGGCAAAUAAAUAUAAGCAAAAUUAACCAUAUUCCAGAUUUUAUGUAAUAAACAAAAAAUAUAGAUAAUCAUAUAAAUGGAUGGUCUUUUAUAAAUUUCGAUAAUAACAAUAUAAAUUAGCAGCAGUAGUUUUGA